AUGGUCAACGCUGCACUCCGAGUCCUAGGUUUGCGCACGUGGCUACGCGACAGCGUUUAUUACCCCUCUCGCUUAGUGGAAGGAGAUGCUGUGUAUGCAGCGAACGGUUAUGGUUUAUGUAUCAACUACCUAGAUCGUUUCCAAUGCGCGGAUGAAUUUGCAAAUUCGCCAGCUCCUACCGUUUUUGUGGUUUCCUACAACCACAAUCUCUUAUACAAUAGUAUCAUGGACUAUACUACUAGUGAAGCUUUCCCUUACGUUUCAAGUCCUGAGGCGCAACUCGUGGACUACGAGCUUGGCCUGGAUAAUCUUCUCGGGAAUGAUCAAGACCAAACCGUAUUUUGGGAUCGUCUUCGUUCACAACUCCAGAUCCUUCCUCGGGAGUCUGAAUAUACUAUCACGCAUAUCCUGCUAGCUGGCGAAAGCGUCACACACCCUCGCUUCCUAGCUUCCCUCAGAGAGUCUAUGUCGGAACUCUCGCUUGGUACUACCACGGCCAAAAUUCAACUCGCGAUAGAUCCAACUUUUAUAGCAGCACGGGGUGCAGCACUUUACGCACGGAGGCGCCAAGAGGUGCCGAGUGACUGCUAUGAAAAAUUGGAAUGCGAAGAAAUGAGGUUACGAGAGCGUUUACACACUUCCACGCUAGAGGAACUUCGGUAA